AUGGAGCACCCGGACAUUCCCAGUCCCGAUUCAGAUGGCUCAGGGUCCUCUGAUGAGUACCCUCCCCAAUACCCCAGGGUCAACUCAUCUUUCGGAGAGAUUCCUGAAGGCGCAAUCCAGACACCUGCCACGACCAUCUCGUCUUCCCCUCCAAGUCAUUCUCCCCUCAACUUAUGGGCUACUACCCCGGUAACACGACCACGGGGUGCUAGUGUUGGCGCGUCAUCUAUACUCGACAAAUCCGAUGGCCUCGCUAUGGCAAGCGACCCUCGAAUCCAGCGCCCGUCAGUCCCUGUACGGACUCCCUCCCACACCUACGCACCGCAACGCCGGCCACCUCAGUACAUAAGUCUCCAAGAAGACCGUCAACGAUCCUCAUCAGCCAAACGCGGAACCCGGCGUGAUCCGAAUGCGCAGUAUCGCGCCCAAGAGAAGGCCUACGUCCAGCGGAUCCGAGCGAACCCGCAAGCUUGGUACCACCACUUCAAAGACGCGCAGACAAACAGUAUGAUAGAUGGAGAUGCCGAUCUAGAAGAUCCAUCUCCCUCGUCCGAGGUGGCCUUUGAAGAUGAUUCCUACGACCCCGAUACUCAGCUCUUCCUUCCGGACGACAACCUACCCACGACGGAGGAACUCAAGCAUCCUAAGAACCAGGAGCGACUUGAGUGGCAUUCUAUGUUGGCAUCAGUGUUGAAAGGUGACGUGGUUAAACAAGAAAAGCAGCGUUUGAUUGGCUCUGCGGAGUCUAAACGGUCGGCGGCCCAAAGCUACGCUCUUUGGAUCGGAGUCCGGGCAAGGACAUGCGGCCGAAGUCUUCCUCUUCAGCGGAAGUUGAUUGAGGAUGCUAGAUCACACCUUGGUCCCAUCAUCGAAGAUAUCAUCAGUUUCCAGAUUAAAGGCGAGACUGAGAUUGGCAAACCACCGAGGCAACAGGUUCUUGACGUGGUGGAAAAGGUCGAGAAAUGCGAGGUUUUAUAUUCGUCUCACAAAGAGAUGGAGAUUGCGAACCCUCGCGUUGCUUCAGACGAGUUUGUUUCCAGUCGCGCCGCUAUCUUUUCAUGGCACAACAUCACAGCCCUGAUCAACACUGAGCUGGCUGUGUUGCAGAGCUGGGUCGGAAACGAGGCCCUCGAUUUCAGCCAGCCUAGGGUCAAGUCCGCAAAGAACGAUCUUUCGGAUGGUUCUUCCUUCCUGGAUCGCAUCAUGAAAGAAGAUGGCUUGAAGACUCUCCAGGACGAGGACGGCAUGCUUCUUAGAAUUCUUGCCGUUAUUCAGAAAGCAAAGAGUACACUAAUUGAUAAUUCAGAGGCAUUUGCGGCACGUCAUUUGCCGCCUUACAUCGAGGAACUGUUAACUCUGAUUAACUUCCCAUCUCGGCUGAUCCAAGAGAUCAUUCGAGUUCGCCUGUCCUAUGCCAAGAAUAUGAAGGAUCCGGCUCAACAGGCUCCGAUCCUAAUUGACCAGAUGAUUUCCCAAUUCCAAAUCCUCAUGAAGGUUGCAGUUGAGAUUAAGUUCCGUUACCUUGACGUCUCAAGGCCCGAACCUGGUUGGGAUUUACCACCAUGUGUCGACGAGAACUUCGAUAAUUCGGUAUUGGAUGCCAUGAAAUACUAUUUCCGGUUGCUCAACUGGAAGUUGAAUGCCAACAAGAAUACCUUCAAAGAAGCCGAGAUUCUGGAACAGGAAUGGGGUUACUCCUAUGAUAUCGGCCGCCGUCUCGACGGUGGAGAUAUUGAGGUGGCUGAACAGUUUAGUGCUUUGACUGCUAGAUCACUGCAACGUCUGAUGAUUCACUUCGAACGCGAGCUUGUCCCCAGACCCCAAGAAACCGUGUCAGACAUGGAUAAGCGAUACAAGAGUAUUCUUGAUUCAACCCGUAUUCGCCAACGCAAGCUUUAUCGAUUCUCCAAGUUCUUGUGCCAGCUUUUCGAAAAUGCUUCAGAAUACAAUAUCACCACCGACAUAGCAUAUGAUUUCUUCGAGGCGCUCCUCAUCUCCGACCAUUUCCUCGUUACUUCUGCCAAUGCUGGUGGUCAGAAGGGUGUUUAUUUAGUCGCCCAUCCGGCUUUGUGGAACCGCCCUGCUGACAUCCAGGCCAUUUUGUCUACUUCAUUCAAGGAAGACGACACGGCCGAGGAUGUCCACACUCCAUAUGUCCUGGUCAUUCGCCCUGAGAGACCUCUUGCGUGGGCAGGUAAGCAACUGCAAUUGAACUUUUUGGAACAUCCAACCGAUGUGCGACUGGGCAAGCUGCGCCUGGUCGUCGAAGGCAUGCAAGAACGCCUGCAAAAUGCCCGAGUGGAGUUGUCGCGACUCACUGGAAUCCAGCUUGAUAUGGUUAUUGAACAACGUGCCAAUCUGGGUCGUGUCAACGUGGAGCUGAACAAGAUCAAGAAGAUCUCUUUCAAGCUGUCCAUGACUAUCAUGGAUAGUGUGGCUGUCAUCAAAGAUCAGCUGCGGGAGAUCCAGUGGGAGAACAAUGAUUUGAUCCAGGCUUGUUACGCAUUUGCAACCGAGUUCGGAAAACGUUCUUCCAACUAUGUCGACGCCAACAGACGCGCGAUGAACAGCGCUCGGUUAGUGGAGCUGUCUCUUGAUUGGGUCUCCUUCGUCUGUGAUGAGUGCGAUGCCGCAGACCGAAAGACAUUCAAGUGGUCUGUCGCCGCUCUUGAAUUUGCAAUGGCGAUCACAUCUAGUCGACAUCUCCUUUCAAUGGACGAGGACCAGUUCAACAGCCUCAGAUUGAAGGUUGCGGGCUGUAUGUCACUGCUUAUUUCUCACUUCGAUAUUAUGGGUGCUCGCUCUUCGCUCGCGGCAAAGAAUGAGAAACGCAUGGAAGAGCGUAAUGGCGCCCGACAGAUUGGCGCCGGCCGAAUUACCAGUGACGACGAAGCGUCAAAGCUAGUACGCGAAACAUGGCAUGCACGUGUUACGGAGAUUGAAGACCGAAGAAUCGAGGAAGAUGCUAAGCGCCAAGCUCUAGGGCGAGUGCUGGAGGGAUCGAAUGAAGCCGAUCGGUCUCUCACGGUUCUUUCCUCGUCUGCCACGAAUGUCACUUUGCGCUGGCAGCAGGGCCAAUUCAUCGGAGGUGGUACCUUUGGUUCCGUCUACGUGGCUAUCAACUUGGAUAGCAAUUAUUUGAUGGCUGUCAAGGAGAUUCGUCUGCAAGACCCGCAGCUUAUUCCCAAGAUUGCCCAGCAGAUUCGAGACGAAAUGGGUGUGCUCGAGGUCCUCGAUCAUCCUAACAUUGUGUCUUAUCAUGGUAUUGAAGUACAUCGUGACAAGGUCUACAUCUUCAUGGAGUACUGUUCCGGCGGUUCACUUGCUAGCUUGUUGGAACAUGGCCGCAUCGAAGAUGAAACGGUCAUUAUGGUGUAUGCCCUCCAGCUUUUGGAAGGUCUUGCCUAUCUUCAUGAAGCCCAUAUUGUGCACCGAGACAUCAAGCCCGAAAAUAUUCUGCUUGAUCACAACGGUGUUAUCAAAUACGUUGACUUUGGCGCCGCCAAGAUCAUUGCUCGCUCUGGUCGAACAGUAAUGCCCAAUGAUGGUUCAACAGGCGGUGGCCACAAAGAGCCCAUUUUGAACAAAGAACCAACACGCAAGAACCAAAAGACCACUACAGGAACUCCCAUGUACAUGUCCCCGGAAGUCAUCCGCGGUGACGUUUCAGACCUGGCCAGCCGCCAGGGAGCCGUGGACAUCUGGUCUCUGGGCUGUGUGAUUCUGGAAAUGGCUACAGGCCGUCGUCCAUGGUCCACCCUAGACAACGAGUGGGCGAUCAUGUACAACAUCGCGCAAGGCAAGCAGCCUGUGCUUCCAUCCAACGAUCAACUCAGCGACAUGGGCAUCGACUUCGUUCGUCGCUGCUUCGAAUGCGACCCCAGUCGCCGUCCGACAGCCGCCGAACUCUUGCAACACGAAUGGAUCGUCUCCAUCCGACAGCAGGUUGUCAUGGAGCCAGCCACCCCGGGCAGCGAAUACAGCAGUAGUGGCAGCUCAACCAGUGGCCGUCAGAACUCCACAUACCUGUGA